ACAGUUUCCACCCUGCAUAACACACGUUUUUUUCAUACGAAAUAUAGUCAGCUGAUAUUGAAACUCUGAUUACAAUAUUGUCUGUAACUAAAAUAAUCUAUAGCCUACUACACACACUGUCAUGUGAUAAGAGUAGCCUACAUAGUUGGGAAAUUGUAACAUUGUAUCCAUCAUUAUUGAACAUCAAAGGACCGUGCACUAGAGGGAGGAUGUCCGGAUGAAAGAAAUAGCGCAAUUUACUGUACACGGAAGCAUAUCUCCAUUUGCAACAGGCGGCAGUCUAUGUCAAUUAGACAUAGCACGGUAUCGUUUACCUGGUCGGCGUGCAUUACCGAGAAGAGGACCUAUACGUACUGCGGCUUCCCCUGGAGUAACCAUCACAUUAAGGAUUUCGGAAAUUCUGGAAAUCUAACGGAACUCUUUUCAGAGGUAGGUUAUUUGAAGGAGUAAAGUAUCGGAUAAAGGAUUUAGAUGGGGAAUAACUUGCAUGUAUGCUAUUUAUGAGCAUUGAAUAUUACAUAUGGAGAUUCUUAGCAUUUGAAUAACUUCAGUCUUACAGGAUAGACGUAUCUCUGACUAGUUCCCUAAACAGACAAUGUGUCCAAUUCGUCAAUAUGUUAGGAGAUUUACGAUUUCCUGCACGACGACUCUGUAUCAUAGGGUGCUUUUAGCUGGAACUUGAACAACCGUCCACGUAGGCUAGCCUAUUGUAUCAGGUAAACACUGUUGUUCCCAGAGGAAAUUUCCGCGCCAUAGGGCAGCAACUAUAGACCUACUUAGGCUAUACAAGCUACAUCAAGGCGUUAACGUCUGCAGCCUAUGGGCUACAAUUCAUAUGCAAUUAUUGUUUCCAAUAACAUAGAAACAUUUGUCAUUUUCAGCAUAGUGCAUGGCAUGUGUGCAUAGUGUCAUUGGUUGUCAGAUAACGAUCGCGUUAUGUAGUUUAGGCACCAACAACAGAUUAUACAGUUGAAGUCAGAAGUUUACAUACACUUUAGCCAAAUUCAUUUAAAUUCAGGUUUUCACAAUUCCUGACAUGUAAUCCUAGUAAAAAUUCAGGUCAGUUAGGAUCACCACUUUAUUUUAAGAAUGUGAAAUGUCAGAAUAAUAGGAGAUAAUUAUUUAUUUCAGCUUUUAUUUCUUUCAUCACUUUCCCAGUGGGUCAGAAGUUUACAUACACUCAAUUAGUAUUUGGUAGCAUUGUCUUUAAGUUGUUUAACUUGGGUCAAACAUUUCGGGUAGCCUUCCACAAGCUUCCCACAAUAAUUUGGGUGAAUUUUGGCCCAUUCCUCCUGACAGUGCUGGUGUAACUGAGUCAGGUUUGCAGGCAUCCUUGCUCGUACACGCUUUUUCAGUUCUGCCCACACAUUUUCUAUAGGAUUGAGGUCAGGGCUUUGUGAUGGCCACUCCAAUACCUUGACUUUGUUGUCCUUAAGCCAUUUUGCCACAACCUAUGCUUGGGAAGUAUGCUUGUGGUGAUUUUCCAUUUGGAAGACCUAUUUAGCUUCCUGAGUGAUGUCUUGAGAUGUUGCUUCAAUAUAUCCACAUAAUUUUCUAUCCUCAUGAUGCCAUCCAUUUUAUGAAGUCCCUCUUGCAGCAAAGCACCCCCCCAACAUGAUGCUGCCACCCACAUGCUUCACGGUUGGGAUGGUGUUCUUCGGUUUGCAAGCCUCCCCCUUUUUCCUCCAAACAUAACGAUGGUCAUGAUGGCCAAACAGUUCGAUUUUUGUUUCAUCAGGCCAGAGGACAUUUCUCCAAAAGUACGAUCUUUGUCCCUAUGUGCAGUUGCACACCGUAGUCUGGCUUUUUUAUGGCGGUUUUGGAGCAGUGGUCUCUUCCUUGCUGAGAAGCCUUUCAGGUUAUGUCGAUGUUGUUUGUACAGAUGAAUGUGGUACCUUCAGGCGUUUGGAUAUUUCUCCCAAGGAUGAACCAGACUUGUGGAGGUCUACCAUUUUUUUCUGAGGUCUUGGCUGAUUUCUUUUGAUUUUCCCAUGAUGUCAAGCAAAGAGGCACUGAGUUUGAAGGAACUGAGUUUGAAUACAUCCACAGGGACACCUCCAAUUGACUCAAAUGAUGUCAAUUAGCCUAUCAGAAGCUUCUAAAGCCAUGGAAGCUUCUAAAGCCAAGGGAUUUUCCAGGCUGUUUAAAGGCACAGUCAACUUAGUGUAUGUAAACUUCUGACCCACUGGAAUUGUGAUAUAAGCUAAAUAAUCUGUCUGUAAACAAUUGUUGGAAAUAUUACUUGUCAUGCACAAAGUAGAUGUCCUAACCAACUUUCCCAAACUAUAGUUUGUUAACAAGAAAUUUGUGGAGUGAUUGAAAAACAAUUUUUAAUGAUUCCGACCUAAUUGUAUGUAAACUUCCAACUUCAACUGUAUAUUAAUAAGAACAUUAAACAAAUUAAUACCAACAAUAGUUUAUUUUUUGUGAAUUUGCUUUAAUUUAAUUGAGUAAUUUUACAGAGGGGGAUUACAGGUACAAAAACAAGCAAAGAAAUGCAUACAAAAUAACCCCAAUCCAUUCCCCAUCCACCCUCCUGCAUCCUCCCCAUCCAGAAACCAUGCCCCACUUACCCUACCCAAUGAAACUAUGCCUCUCACUCCUUCCCAUUCCACCCACCAAACGAGGUUGCUUAUCAGUCCCACUCCCACCCAUCCAUCCCCAGAGUCUCAAUUGUUCCUUGACUUGCACAUUCAUUCUCGUUGUCGAUCAUUUUAUUGUUAUAACUUAUAGUAGUAACUGUAUCCCCUGGUUAAAUGGGAAAGAAAGAGGUACCAUUUAGACCCCCCCAAAACUCGCUGCAGUAAGGCCUGCCAGCAAAACUUUUCUCUGAUUGAUAGAGAGAUUCAAGGUGCUAUCAUUGUCAGAUAAAAUAAUAGGUGCAAAGCUUUGAAUAUUUAAAUUCAUGCACUUCGAAAUGAAUGUUGUAACUUUGCCCCAGAAGUAAUUUUAAGUGCAGGGCACUCCCACAUCAUAUGAAGGAAUGUGCCUACCUGAUUUAGGGGACACAGUGAAUAGUUGGGAGUUGGGACCAAUUUCAUCAUAAAACGUUUCCUUGGUGUUAAAUACACAGUCUGUGAACACAUUGAUGUAUACAUUUAUGGUUCGGAUUAGGGGAUGCCAUGGUCUUAUUUUUCCAUAUUAUGUUCUAGUUAAAGGGUUUUUCAGAUUCAAUUAGAUCUGUUGACCAUACUUUUUUUAAUGGCUAGCUCAGCGUAUGCACUUUCCAAAAAUAUGUUUUGACUUUAAAGCAAGGAGAUGUUUCUAUUUUGAUAUUGUGAGAGAAAACAUUUGACAGUCAAAAUGAUUUGUUUUUGGAUACAUUGUUAUACAGUGCUAUUCCAGUAAUCCACGGCUAAUCUCUUUCUUUGUCAUUUAACAGUAAACAUACUAGAUGGUGGUCAACUAACACAUAGUAGCCCACUAGCCCACAAUCAAGGUAGAAGUUAGUGAGUUGUGGAUCCCUCAGAGGGAAAUCCCCAAAUUCAGAGACGGUAACCAUCCCAAACUGAAGCAUUGUGAAAAUUACGAUGUGUGUCAGAAUGGGGCUUGUCCUUCACCUAGCCUGUAAUCACAUACCUAGUAUGGUUUGAUUGAUUCAUAAUCUAGGCCUACAGCAGUUGUUAAAUGUUUGGGAGCCAGGUUUAAGGUUAGACACGACUUCUUUUUACUCAUUGUCCUUCUCCACCAUCUCUACCUUUUGUGAUGAAGGCGGGGCUUGAAGGCCCAAGUGGUGCUUGAAUCCGGGACCUUGUGAAAUCUGAAACCCCUUGACAAGAUCAAAUCCAAUUUUAUUUGUCACAUGCACUGAAUACAACUGGUGUAGACCUCUCUCUCUCUCUCUCUCUCUCUCUCUCUCUCUCUCUCUCUCUCUCUCUCUCUCUCUCUCUCUCUCUCUCUCUCUCUCUCUCUCUCUCUCUCUCUCUCUCUCUCUCUCUCUCUCUCUCUCUCUCUCUCUCUCUCUCUCUCUCUCUCUCUCUCUCUCUCUCUCUCUCUCUCUCUCUCUCUCUCUCUCUCUCUCUCUCUCGUGUGUGUGUGUGUGAUCGUGAUGGCAUUGUGUGUGUGAGCCAUGGCCCCCUCUCUGACCACCCUGGGGAAGCUGCCUGUGGUGCGCUGUCGGCUGCUGCAGCGCUACGAGCACCAGCCCUUUGUCUCAUGCCUGGCCGGACUCUACGGCUGUCAAUGGAGACGCUACCAGAGGACCCGCGCCACGCCGGGAGACUGCUGCUGCAGCAAGUUGGAAUGUGCCAGCUUUGCACUCCUCAUCCUGACAUUCUGUCUCACACUGGUCUUCCUCUACUUCUGGAGUGAAGCUCAGAAUGACUACAAUGAUUUUGACUGGUUUAACUUUGGGAACCUGGGUUUCUGGUUCCCCUGGUCUGUGGUGUUGCUGGUCAUCGCUGCCGCCUUCUUCAGCUACAUCACUCUGCUGCUGCUGUUGGCUGUAUGUCUGCUGUCAGAGGGACAGAAGCUGUACCUACACUGGGGCCACAAGGUGACGGCACCAUAUUUACACGUGGGAGGAGUCUUGCUGAUGACACUCCUUUCCUGGCCAAUAGCCUUGCAUUUCUACCACAUCAAUAGGAAAGGUGAGACUUGUGAUUGAGUAGGUGGGGCUUGUUUGAGCAGCUGUAUACAUAAUAUGCUAAUUACAGAGUAGAAUAAGGCAAAUACUGACUUCGAUUGUUGACUCCGGCGCGACAGAGAUGGCCGCCUCGCUUCGCGUUCCUAGGAAACUAUGUAGUAUUUUGUUUUUUAUGUGUUAUUUCUUACAAUGUUACCCCAGAAAAUCUUAGGUUUUAUUACAUACAGUCGGGAGGAACUAUUGGAUAUAAGAGCAACGUCAACUCACCAACACUACGACCAGGAAUACGACUUUCCCGAAGCGGAUCCUCUGUUUGGCCUACCACCCAGGACGAUGGAUUAGACCCAGCCAGCGACGGCGCCGUAGAAGGGACAGACGGAGCGGUCUUCUGGUCAGGCUACGUAGACGGGCACAUCACGCACCGCUCCUGAGCAUACUACUCGCCAAUAUCCAGUCUCUUGAAAACAAGGUAGACGAAAUCCGAGCAAGGGUAGCAUUCCAGAGAAACAUCAGAGACUGUAACGUUCUUUGCUUCACGGAAACAUGGCUCACUCGAGACACACUAUCUACGUCGGUACAACCACCUGGUUUCUUCACGCAUCGCACUGACAGAAACAAGCAUCUCUCUGGUAAGAAGAAGGGCGGGUGUGUAUGCCUUAUGAUUAACGAGACGUGGUGUGAUCAUAACAUACAGGAACUCAAGUCCUUCUGUUCACCUGACUUAGAAUUCCUCACAAUCAAAUGCUGACCGCAUUAUCUACCAAGAGAAUUCUCUUCAAUCAUAAUCACAGUCAUGUAUAUUCCCCUCCCUAAGCAGACACAUCGAUGGCCCUGAAAGAACUUAAUUCGACUCUAUGUAAACUGGAUCCACAUAUCCUGAGGCUGCAUUUAUUGUAGCUGGGGAUUUUAACAAGGAUAAUCUGAAAACUAUGCUCUCCAAAUUCUAUCAGCAUAUCGAUUGUGCAACCAGGGCUGGAAAAACCCUAGGCCACUGUUAUUCUAACUUCCCUGACGCAUAUAAGGACCUCCCCCGCACUCCCUUUGGAAAAGGUGACCACGACUCCAUUUUUUUGCUCCCAGCCUAUAGACAGAAACGAAAACAGGAAGCUCCCGUGCUCAGGUCUGUUCAACGCUGGUCCGACCAAUUGGAUUCCACGCUUCAAGAUUGCUUCGAUCACGUAGACUGGGAUAUGUUCCGCAUUGCGACGAACAACAACAUUGACAAAUACGCUAAUUCUGUGAGCGAGUUUAUUAACAAGUGCAUUGGUGAUGUCGUACCCACAGCGUCUAUUAAAACAUUCCCCAACCAGAAAAUGUGGAUUGAUGGCAGCAGUCGUGCAAAAGUGAAAGCGCAAACCACUGCUUUUAAUAAGGGCAAGGUGACCGGAAACAUGACCGAAUACAAACAGUGUAGCUAUUCCCUCCGCAAGGCAAUCAAACAAGCUAAGCGUCAGUAUAGAGACAAAGUGGAGUCGCAAUUCAAUGGCUCAGACACGAGAGGUGUGUGGCAGGGUCUACAGUCAAUCACGGACUACAAAAAAAAAACCAGCCCCGUCGCGGACCACGAUGUCUUGCUCCCAGACAGACUAAACAACUUUUGCUCGCUUUGAGGACAAUACAGUGCCACUGACACGGCCCGCUACCAAAACCUGUGGGCUCUCCUUCACUGUAGCCAACGUGAGUAAAACAUUUAAAUGUGUUAACCCUCGCAAGGCUGCAGGCCCAGACGGCAUCCCCAGCCGCGUCCUCAGAGCAUGCGCAGACCAGCUGGCUGGUGUGUUUACGGACAUAUUCAAUCAAUCCUUAUCCCAGUCUGCUGUUCCCACAUGCUUCAAGAGGGCCACAAUUGUUCCUGUUCCCAAGAAAGCUAAGGUAACUUAGCUAAAUGACUACCGCCCUGUAGCACUCACUUCCGUCAUCAUGAAGUGCUUUGAGAGACUAGUCAAGGACCUUAUCACCUCCACCCUACCUGACACCCUAGACCCACUCCAAUUUUCUUACCGCCCUAAUAGGACCACAGACGACUCCAUUACACUGCACACUGCCCUAACCCAUCUGGACAAGAGGAAUACCUAUGUAAGAAUGCUGUUCAUCGACUACAGCUCAGCAUUUUACACCAUAGUAACCUCAAAACUCGUCAUUAAGCCCGAGACCCUGGGUCUCGACCCCGCCCUGUGCAACUGGGUCCUGUACUUCCUGACGGGCCGCCCCCAGGUGGUGAGGGUAGUUAACAACAUCUCCACCCCGCUGAUCCUCAACACUGGGGCCCCACAAGGGUGCGUUCACUGGGGCCCCACAAGGGUGCGUUCUCAGUCCUCUCCUGUACUCCGUGUUCACCUACGACUGCGUGGCCACGCCUCCAACUCAAUCAUCAAGUUUGCAGACGGCACAACAGUGGUAGGCUUGAUUACCAACAACGACGAGACAGCCUACAAGGAGGAGGUGAGGGCCCUCGGAGUGUGGUGUCAGGAAAAUAACCUCACACUUAAUGUCAACAAAACAAAGGAGAUGAUCGUGGACUUCAGGAAACAGCAGAGGGAGCAACCCUCUAUCUACAUUAACGGGACAGUAGUGGAGAGGGUGGAAAGUUUUAAGUUCCUCGACGUACACAUCACGGACAAACUGAAUUGGUCCACCCACACAGACAGCGUGGUGAAGAAGGUGCAGCAGUGCCUCUUCAACCUCAGGAGGCUGAAGAAAUUUGGCUCGUCACCACCAAAAACACUCACAAACUUUUACAGAGGCACAAUCGAGAGCAUCCCGUCGGGCUGUAUCACCGCCUGGUACGGCAACUGCGCAGCCCAUAACCGUAAGGCUCUCCAGAGGGUCGUGAGGUCUGCACAACGCAUCACCGGGUGCAACCUACCUGCCCUCCAGGACACCUACACCACCCGAUGUCACAGGAAGGCCAAAAAGAUCAUCAAGGACAACAACCACCCGAGCCACUGCCUGUUCACCCCACUAUCAUCCAGAAGGCGAGGUUAGUACAGGUGCAUCAAAGCUGGGACCGAGAGACUGAAAAACAGCUUCUAUCUCAAGACCAUCAGACUGUUAAACAGCCAUCACUAACAUUGAGUGGCUGCUGCCAACACACUGACUCAACUCCAACCACUUUAAUAAUGGAAGAAUUGAUGUAAUCAAUUUAUCACUAGCCACUUUAUAUAAUGUUUUUAUACCCUACAUUAAUCAUCUCAAAUGUAUAUACUGUACUCUAUACCAUCUACUGCAUCUUGCCUAUGCCGUUCGGGCAUCACUCAUUCAUAUAUUUUUAUGUACAUAUUCGUAUUCAUUCCUUUACACUUAAUGUAUUUGUUGUGAAAUGGUUAGGUUAUAUUACUUGUUAGAUAUUACUGGUGGUUGGAACUAGAAGCACAAGCAUUUCGCUACACUUGCAUUAACAUCCGCUAACCAUGUGUAUGUGGCAAAUACAUUUGAUUUGAUUCAAAACUAGGGCAAGGAAGGAAACUUCAGAGGUUUUUUAUUUCAACAGUGAACAUCUCUGAUGUGUGAAACUUUAGGGAGGUUUUCUAUCUCAACAGUGAACAUCUCUGAUGUGUGAAACUUUAGGGAGGUUUUCUAUCUCAACAGUGAACAUCUCUGAUGUGUGAAACUUUAGGGAGGUUUUCUAUCUCAACAGUGAACAUAUCUGAUGUGUGAAACUUUAGGGAGGUUUUCUAUCUCAACAGUGAACAUCUCCGAUGUGUGAAACUUUAGGGAGGUUUUCUAUCUCAACAGUGAACAUCUCUGAUGUGUGAAACUUUAGGGAGGUUUUCUAUCUCAACAGUGAACAUCUCUGAUGUGUGAAACUUUAGGGAGGUUUUCUAUCUCAACAGUGAACAUAUCUGAUGUGUGAAACUUUAGGGAGGUUUUCUAUCUCAACAGUGAACAUCUCUGAUGUGUGAAACUUUAGGGAGGUUUUCUAUCUCAACAGUGAACAUAUCUGAUGUGUGAAACUUUAGGGAGGUUUUCUAUCUCAACAGUGAACAUCUCUGAUGUGUGAAACUUUAGGGAGGUUUUCUAUCUCAACAGUGAACAUAUCUGAUGUGUGAAACUUUAGGGAGGUUUUCUAUCUCAACAGUGAACAUCUCCGAUGUGUGAAACUUUAGGGAGGUUUUCUAUCUCAACAGUGAACAUCUCUGAUGUGUGAAACUUUAGGGAGGUUUUCUAUCUCAACAGUGAACAUCUCCGAUGUGUGAAACUUUAGGGAGGUUUUCUAUCUCAACAGUGAACAUCUCUGAUGUGUGAAACUUUAGGGAGGUUUUCUAUCUCAACAGUGAACAUAUCUGAUGUGUGAAACUUUAGGGAGGUUUUCUAUCUCAACAGUGAACAUCUCUGAUGUGUGAAACUUUAGGGAGGUUUUCUAUCUCAACAGUGAACAUCUCCGAUGUGUGAAACUUUAGGGAGGUUUUCUAUCUCAACAGUGAACAUCUCUGAUGUGUGAAACUUUAGGGAGGUUUUCUAUCUCAACAGUGAACAUAUCUGAUGUGUGAAACUUUAGGGAGGUUUUCUAUCUCAACAGUGAACAUCUCUGAUGUGUGAAACUUUAGGGAGGUUUUCUUUCUCAAC